AUGGAACGAGAUCGUGUGGCGCACAUCGAACGGAUGCGAAAAUUCAUUGCUCACCGAGAACGGGUCGGUUUCCCUUCGCUUUUCAUCCUUUAUUAGUCCAUUCCAAUUGAAUUUCUUGAUUCGAUUAGUAGAAUACAAUUCCGACAAUUCUCCUUUGUUCGUAGAAUCGAGGAUAAUGUAUAGAAAAAAACGAAUUUUUUUAUUUUUGGCUUUGUACUUUCUCUCACGAGACUUCCCGAAUGUCAAGCCCAUUUCAAAAUAAAAUAUUUUCUUUUUCCAAUGAAUCAUUUGAAAUAUUAUCUCCGCUCAUCGAAUACGUCACAAAUAAUUUUUAUUGACAGGUUCUUGACAUGCAAAGCGUGGUGAAAAAGCAGAUUUUGACGAGGGCAAGCAGUGCUCCAGGACUCAACAGAAGAAAAAGUCAACCAAAGGUUGAAAUUCAAUUCGCUUACAAUAUUUAUAUUAUAUCUUUCAGGAAACUUAUGCCGAACGAGAACGAGUAAAAGAAAACGAACGGCUUCUGCGUUCUUUGACCACAAUCGCCUACAGAAAACCGCAAUUCAACAAUUUUACAAAGAAAUGA